AUGAGAUAUAGAGCGAGGUGAGGUGAGGUGAGGUGAAGGAGGGGAUGCGAGGAGCGUGAAGUGUGAGACCGAGAAAAUGAUGGCGGCAACGGUGCCUGUGCGGUGGCAACCACCGAGCGUUAGGUUUAGGGCUGAGUCUGUGGUGAAGAGGAGAGGGAGGGUGACAAUGAAAGCCUUUGGUAAUGGAAAUGGAAAGGGUAAGGGCAGGGGAGACAUGGAUAGGGUUUGGAGGGAGGCAUGGAGAAGUGCCAACGAUGGCUUUGAGCGCUUCGUCUUCGAAGCCAGGAAGACCGCCGAACGCAUCGACCGCCGCUAUUCCCUUUCACGCCGUCUCUCUUCCGUCGCCAGGGCCGCCGCCGACAGAGCCCGAGAGAUUGAUCGUGAAUUUGAGAUUGGACAGCGCUACCGCACUUUCAGCAUCGAUUUCCAAAGGAACUGGCCCAAGUACAGGAAGCAGCUCAACGACUUUCUCGAUAGUCCUAUCGGGAAGAGUUUCGCUACGCUUUUCUUCAUCUGGUUCGCACUCUCUGGUUGGCUUUUUCGCAUUCUGAUAAUCGCAACAUGGGUACUUCCAUUUGCUGGGCCUCUUCUCAUUGGAACCUUGGCCAACACCUUAGUUAUCAAGGGAUCCUGUCCGGCUUGCAAGAUGCAGUUUACUGGCUACAAGAACCAAGUAAUUCGAUGUACAGGCUGUGGAAACAUCGUGUGGCAGCCUAAAGGCGGUAGCGGGGAUUUCUUUUCAAGAGGGGCAGGUGGUAGAACCAAUUCAAGAUCAGAUCCUGACAUUAUUGAUGUCGACUUCGAGGAGAAGUGAAGCUACCAUCAAUCCAUUUGGCUCUGUUAAACGUAGUAUUCUUUCUUUCUGUGUUAGCACCUUUCUCUACAAUUCUACUUUGUUGUUCUUACAUACCAAGUUAGUUCACAUUUAUGCACCUGUAAAUUCUUUUAUCUUCAUGUUAUGAGUACAAGAAAUGGGAUACCAAACAAAAGGAAACGGGAAACGAAAAGAAUAAAAGAAACACUUUCUUGGGGAA